UAUCGCAAAAAGCGAAGCAGAAACCGGUAUAAGAUGCCGAGGCAAAGUUUCGUGAGUCAAACAGGUGUUGAUUGAAACUGAAGUUGCUCUUCUUCAGGAUUUGUUUUGUAUUCAGCGCUUCAUACACUUCCUAAACAUACUAUCAUGGGGUUCCUGUUGUCCAAGAUGAUGGCGGUGUUCGGAGACAAAGAGCACAAAGUCAUUAUUGUGGGUUUGGAUAAUGCUGGUAAAACAACAAUCCUCUACCAGUUCUUGACGAAGGAGGCCGUUCACACGUCACCCACCAUUGGCAGCAACGUGGAGGAGAUCAUUGUCCGCAACACUCACUUUAUGGUUUGGGACAUCGGAGGGCAGGAGAGUCUGAGGGCCAGCUGGUACUCGUACUACUGCAACACAGAGAUUGUCAUUCUGGUCGUGGACAGCACUGAUCGUGAAAGGCUGACUGUGACCAAAGAAGAGCUUCAUCGUAUGCUUGCACAUGAGGAUCUACAAAAUGCUGCCAUUCUCGUUCUGGCUAAUAAACAAGACAUAAAGGGCUCAUUGACAGCAACAGAGAUAUCCCAGUGCCUCACGCUCGACUCCAUCACAACACACUCCUGGCAUGUCCAAGCCUGCUGCGCUCUGACUGGAGAAGGUCUUCCUGCCAGUCUGGACUGGAUGAAAUCGCACGUUGUGGCAAAAUGAUGCUCCCUGGGGUGGAUCAAACUUCUCUAAAAAAAAAACUGAGCCAACGUCCGGUGCUGCAGAUGCUGCAUUGUCAGUAUGAUUUACAGUGUUUGGGCCGGUGUAAUAGCAUCUGAGGCAGAGCCGACUCGCCGCUCAUGCUUUGUUUUCAUGUGGGAGUCUGCAAAGAGCUGCUUCGAUUCCUUUAGAAUCACAUUGAACAAACACCUAAAAGGUUUCAGGGCUGGUUUUUUAUUGUUAUUAUUGAAGAUCUGUGUUGUUGUACGUUUAUAUUGCAAUUUUAAUAUUUUCAACUAAAACUAUGACUAUUUAUCUUCUUAGAAAGAUACAUAAUAAUGCAAUCUCUUUAUGCAUUCAUGAAAUUUCUCAAGUGUUGUUGAGACAACAACACUCUUUUGUCUCCCCUAGUAAAAGUACAUGAAAGCCUUUUAAAUAAAUUGUUAAUUAAUGCAGUUGCAUAAAAAUCCAAUUUGAUUAAAUUUAUUCAGUGAGUAAAAUUUGCCUCACCGUAAGGCAAAAUGACUCUUGCUAUAAUUAGCAAGAGUCAUUUCCUGUAAAGGAAAUGCAACUGAAGCUCUACAGAGGUCCGUAUCCUGUGCAAAGUUAGAAAAACAAGUGAACAUGCCAAUUCAAGUAAGGCUGAUGUUUGUCAAUCAUCAUAAUUAAGGAAAUGGCUGCAAGAAAAUAGUUUCUUGGCUAAAUACAAAGCUUAAAAUAGCUGAAACUGUGACUAGACCCGACAUUAUCCUACCAUCACGUCCAGUCAAGAUGGUGGUAGAGGUGGCUCACUGUUUAAAAACUCCUUUAUUAUUAGCGUCGCCACUUAUUGUGGAGGGUGCAUUAACUGUUAAGCUGCAAACUAAUUGCCCUACAUUUAUUUUGUAGAGUUUACAACUUGGUGCCAAUAAGUUUUAAAUCUAUACUAGAUUUGUCAGCUUUUGUCUAUAUUUAUAAUGUAGACAAUCAUUAACUCAUUUUGACCUUUCACUGUUAUUUUUUUAGUUGUUUACGUUCUUUCCAUUUUAGAAUUUCAACUCUUUUUCUAGAUAAAGCACUUGCCUUUUCCAAUGUUAAAAGCAACUUUUCAUGCACAUUUUAGCAGAUGCCUGCAGAUGCCUAACUGCUAUAACAGUUAGCCUCUAAUGAAAUUAAUGUAUGUUUACAUGAUAAGAAAUUCCUGUGGCCUCUUUUUUCUCAGUAACUCUGCAACGUUGAU